AUGGCAAGUGAGAGUGACCAGAGCAAUGGGACAUGGAACACGGAACCUCAGAAGAUAGUUAAACUGGGGGUUCUGCCUGUUAGAAGUCUGCUUGUGAUGGAGGAGACCAUUUGGGCUGCAUGUGGUGGACAAAUUUUUAUAAUCAGCACUGUGACACAUUCCAUAGAGAACCAUUUUGAAGCCCAUCAAGAGGAAGGGAUGGUAAUCUCUCACAUGGCUGUUGCUGGAGUGGGAAUCUGGAUUGCCUUCACAUCUGGGUCUACACUUCGCCUUUUCCACACGGAGACACUGAAGCACCUCCAGGAUAUUAACAUUGCCACACCUGUCCACAACAUGUUGCCAGGGCAGCAGCGUGUUUCUGUGACCAGCCUCCUGGUGUGCCACGGCUUGUUGCUGGUGGGAACAAACCUGGGUAUAAUAGUAGCAUUGCCAGUGCCACGCCUGCAGGGGAUUCCCAAAGUAACUGGAAGAGGAAUGGUGUCAUAUCACGCACACAAUGGCCCAGUCAAAUUUCUUGUAACGGCUACAUCCAUAAACAAGAACAGAAAUAAACUGAGGAACAGCCUGCCUCCUGGCUCAGAACCUACAGAGGAUGACCAAAAGAACGUCCUGCACAGUGACAGACCAGGCUCUUCCCUAAGCAACACCCAUGACACCGCCGUUUGGCUCGGGGGCUCGGUAGGGUCCAUUGCACAAAAAAGUGACUUGUCAUCUUCUGCAUCCCUUACUUUGUCUCAUGGAUCAAGUUCUCUAGAACACAGGCCAGAGGACAGCAACAUUUAUGAGCUUUUAAAGGAUCAAAAUAUCACAAUUAAAUGUAAAAGACAGAGAUCCAAGAAAAUUAAAGCAAGUUCUGUGUUAGUAAUUUCUGGUGGCCAAGGACACAGAAGAGUGAACAAGAAGACCAAGCAGCAGCGACAGGACGAGCUAGUGUCGUCAGUGAUGGUCUGGCAAAUACCACUAUUAAAUAUCUAA